AUGGGCAAGUCCAAGAAACAUGACAGUGACCGUAACAAGAAGCGAAGCAGUAGCAGUCAUCACAAACAUACGAGCCAUAAACAUCACAAAAACUCUCAUGAGGAAACACAUUCCAAAAGCCAUACCAAAUCCCAUAGACAUGGCGGCAUAGCUACAGGAAGCAUCUUGAGUCUUGUAUCUCAGAGUCUGACUACACCUUUAUUGCCACAUAUCACCCCGCCUGUUUGUUCACCCAAACCGUCUCCCACCCAACCGAUUCAAACACUAGCAUCCACUUCAAGUCAAUCACUGAACAAGACUCGAGUAACGAAACGAUCAGCCAUGAUGCCCAUGUCUCAAAAGGAAUAUCUGGCAGAACAAUCUACUAUCCGCAAAGUAUAUGAUCAAGAGACUGGACGAACAAGAACCAUCCGUGGAUCGGGUGAAGUGAUUGAAGAGAUUGUAAGCAGGAGCCAACAAAAGGCAAUCAAUACUGCAUCGACUGCAUCGGAUGGAGCUGUCUUUAUGCACGGUUUAACUCUUUUAGGGCAGCCAUCACCCAAGAAAUAA